CUUGCGACUUCGGGGCGGGGAUUAUAAAUGGAGCGCAUUCCCAAUUAUCCCUCCAUCAUCUCGAUGUUCGCCAUCCCUCAUCCUCUUCCUCAACUCAGCAACGCAUACCAUCCAACAUUCACACUUGUCCUGAGCGUGCUCCCUUGUGCAUACUCGCAUCGCAACACCAACAUCUUCCCCACUCGUCAUCUCUACGAGCGCCAACAUACCCCAUCAUGUCCUCUUCCAUCCCAGGCGUGUCUCUCGGCGGAGAUGCCAAGCACAUUCGAAUCGCUCAGAUCGCCUUUGGGACGAUGCAUUUCACGUGGAAAGCCGCUCCAGAGACGUCGGGUGAUAUUCUGCAGGUGAUCAAAGCGGCGGUAGAAGCCGCAUCUCCUCACAAGCUCUUGCUCAACGGUGGAGCCUUUUACGGUCCACCCAACGACGCUUGGGCCAAUCUUCGUCUCAUCAAGAACUUUUUCGCAGAGUAUCCGCAGCUCAGAGAAAAGGUGGUGCUGAGCAUCAAGGGCGGGUUCGUCAUGGAGGAAUAUGUAGCAAAAGGUUUUGCGGGUAUCAGAACGGAUGCGAAGGAGGAUAAUGUUCGAAGAGACCUGAUCAAGAUCAAGGAAGAGCUGGGAGGCGAUGUGCCUGACAUCUACGAGCUGGCCAGGGUGGACCCGCACGUGUCGAUCGAGGAUCAGAUGAAGAACUUGUCCAAGCUAAAGGGAGAGGGCCUGUUCAAGUACAUUGGCGUAUCGGAAAUGGGCGCCGAUUCUCUUCGACGAGCGGCCAAGGUUGCGCCGGUCGCGUCGAUCGAGGACGAGUACAGCUUGUGGGAGACGGCGGUGGAGGAUAAUGGCGUGCUGAAAGCUGUGGAAGAACUAGAGAUUCCCUUGAUAGCUUACAGUCCCACUGGAAAGGGAAUGCUCAGCGGUCAGCUCAAGAGUCGAGCGGAUCUUCCAGAGGGCGAUAUCAGACUCCAUCAAGAUCGCUUCAGCGAAGAGAACUUUGCGGGCAACGUAAAGCUGGGAGAAGCGCUGGCUGAAUACGGAUCCAAGCACAAUCCUCCAGCUACAGCAGCGCAGCAAUCCCUCUCUUGGCUGAUCGCUCAAUCGCCUCAAAAACGUCUCAUUGUUCCUCUGCCCGCGACCAGCAAGUUGCAAAGGAUCAAGGAGAACUUCGAUAGCGCAAAGCCCGAAUUCGAAUUGGAUGCUCAGCAGAGCAAAGAGAUUCGAAAGUUGCUCGCCGAUAUUGGAGUCAAGGGAGAACGCUACAAUGCUCAUAUGCGAGCGACCAACCUUUGGGGCUGAACGCGCACGUUCCAAGCGGCACCAAUAAGCAGCGUUUCCGUCGACGUGACCAGCCAUUCGAUCAGAGUCUCCUCGCUCUCGACGCGGCUCUUGUAGCAUGCCGAGGUACCUGCGUCUCCUUUGAUUUCUUGAUUGUAAAUCACUUUCUCAUCAUUCGACUCGUACGAAUAACCAUCAUGAUCCUCUGCCUCGUUC